GGCCUCUCUAUCAAUAAUCGCAGAGGCUGCUGAAGAGCCUUGUAUCACCUACUGUGUUCAUUCCAACCGCAAGUACUUGGGUUCGACGAUAUCAUUCUUGGCCUUGUCUGUCCAUCUCCGCUAAGGUUCAGGCUGUGGUUUUUAAGCCCAUGAUCAUAUGUUUGAAUUCUGGAUUAUUUCUCCUUAAUUUACCCGCUUAUUCUUGUGCUAGGUUCUUCCUACAUUCUCGCCGUGAAGUUCUGCCAGGCUCAACCAAUCUACCAACCCAACAGAACUUCCAAGUUCUGUCCAUAACACUUCCAGGAAUCCAGGACCAGGAUAUAAAAGCACGCUGUGUCACAAAUCAUGCAUUUCUCCUUCCUCGUCGUCGUUACUGCUUUGGCAGCGUGUAUGUCUGUCAGUGCAUGCAAAGCGCGAGGCCAACAAUGCAAGAAGAACAGUGAUUGCUGCAGUGGCCUUCGUUACGAUACGUAGUUCAUCAAUGCGGUUUCUCCCGGAGUCUGGACAAAUUUCACUGCUACAUAGGCAAUGGAGGCGCCUUUGAAUUUAUAGAGGCAAUCCAAAGCAUUCAAUAUGAAUUUAAUAUUGAC